GCACACUUCUCAUAAUAGCCCAAUAACAAUGGGCACGUUGUCUGACUAUGUUUUCCUGAAAAAAAUUGGCCAAGGGUCCUACGGCGAAGUUUAUCUUGGGAGACCGAAAGUAUUUGGUUACCUUUUUUACACACACACACAAAUGGUGGUUUUAGGCUUCUGCUGAGCCCAUUGCCAUCAAAUGCAUUCCAAAAGUCAAGCUUACCAAGCGUGGCCAGGACAAUCUCGUCACAGAAAUAUCUAUUCUUCAAAAGUUGACCCAUCCGCACAUUGUGCGAUUGUUGGACUUUUCGUGGGAUUCUGUCAGAGUUUAUCUGCUCAUGGAGUAUUGUGCAGGUGGUGACCUGAGUCGACUUAUUCGUGUAAAACGUCGGCUGUCAGAAGUUGUCGUUCGUCGGUUUCUUCGGCAACUUGCCCUAGCACUACAAUAUCUACACCAGAAGAAUAUUACUCACAUGGACUUAAAACCACAAAACAUCCUGCUUACGUCCUCUUCUCAUCCAGUUCUGAAGGUCACCGACUUUGGAUUUGCCCAACAUCUUCAAAACACUGCACAGAUGAGUGAGCUGCGGGGAACGUUGCUCUACAUGGCCCCCGAAAUUUUCUGUGAAGGUGUUUAUCAUCCUUCAUGUGAUCUCUGGUCGGUGGGAAUCAUAAUGUACGAAUGUCUUUUCGGGGCUCCUCCUUAUGCGUCGUCUAAUUUGGAGACGCUGAAAAUGAGGCUACUUAAUCGUGAAGCUGUUCAGAUUCCGCAUAAUCCCCAGACCAGCGGAAACUGUUCUUCCUUAUUGAAGGGCCUACUCAGACCUGAUCCGAGUGAUCGACUGAACCACCAGGAAUUUUUCGAUCAUCCAUUCGUGGACUUGAAACAUGCACCUACCGCUGAAAGUUUGAGCCACGCACUCUCCUACCUUGAACUGGCUCACGAAUGCGAACAGGCUGGUCAGUUGUCCGCUGCCUAUGAAAAAUAUACCCGCGGCUUAGCCCAUCUAGUCUCAGCCAUCGAAUAUGAGCCAUCACCCAAACAAAGAGAAGAGCUUAAGCAGAUGGCUUCUCGUUAUUUUGACCAAGCUGAACGUGUAAAAUCAUUGCUGCGAUCAAAGUCGAAUACCAAAUUCCCGCCGGCGAGGCCUACGUGUCCCCCACGCCGACGCGUUCAAGCACCAUGUGAAUCCGCGGAUCCUCACCUGCAGUCCAAAUUAGUUCAACAAAGUUCCAUGGCCACCGGUCCCCCUCACUCCACUACGUGUGACACCACUUCUGAUGAACCUAAAACCGCAACAGCACUUCCACCCUCGACGUGGCUGAGCUAUGUUACGAGUUUUCUCCGCCGCAAUCCUAGAACAAACUCCUGUACGCCAGUUUCUGCUCACUCCCAUCCCUCGCCGGAAGUAUUCCCAUCGGCAGAGAAUCCGAAAGUCUCACUGCCCUCCCAGUCGACACAACCGUUGGAUCAAGCUAUUGAGGAAUCCGAUGACGUGACGAGAUGCACUGACUCUACUCUUCCAAUAAAUUCCGCGUCUAUUUUGAAAGAUUUACAUACCACCUUAUGUGACGGUAGCCGAAAUUCGCUUGACACUGUGUCCUCAAACGAAAAAAUUUCUCGCCUAAGAGCCCUCAGUGUGUCGUUCGGCUCCCCAGAUAGCCAGAGUGAGUGUAGACCUUCAUCCACGGAAUUCGACCUGACAUACCUUCAACAUAUGGCGAUACUCACCGACACCGAACGACUGUUAGAAUUGAAAUCCCUUUGUAGCUCUCCGGACAACAGAUAUGGCAGUAUCCUUGAUAGCGUGGAAGAAUUUUACCUCUUGCUCCGAACCAAUCGACUGCAUGCAGCUAUCAGUCAUGUUGAAGCCAACUUUCCAAACUGGCUGGCAGUGGCUAAAGACGACAUCAAUGAAGAACGGCGGCGUGCGGUUAUGAAAGAAUUGAAGUUGGUGCUAGAUUUGAUAGAAUGGAGCAAGCAGCAGUCGUCAGAGCAGCUCAGUUCGUCUGAGAACGCCGGUGCCACAGAAGCGGAUUGCCCGGUCUCUCACGAAGUUGGAAUUGACGCCCUCUCUGAAGCAGAUUCCACCGAUACGUCAUGCUGUAUAUCCUGAUCUAGAAGCUUCCCCCGGCUUCCACAGAUGUCACUUAUCCAUGACUGGGAUACCAAUCGUCACGUUCCGCAGCGGUUUUCUCCAUGAUCGUCCUCUUUCUUUGUGGCUCCAUUCCCCUUGACAAGCUAGCGACCAGUCGUUCGAUUUCCCC